AGAGAGAGAGAGAGAGAGAUGGUGGGACUGGCGUACGAUUUCCUCGCGAACCCGCUUGGGGCCGUGCGCCUGGCGUUCGAGAAGACGGUGGCGUCGUCUCCGCCCGACGCCGAUCUGGCGGCGGCCUUCAGAGGCAAGGACUGGGGCGCCGUUGACCUCUUCCGCGACUUCCUCUUCGAGCAGGGCGGCCUUUCCCAGGUUCCCAUUCUCGAUGCAUCGACGAUACGAUGGGUCCAACCCAACACUCUUGUUCGCUUCAGGGGAAUGUUGCAAGAUAUGCUCGGCAAUGAAUUGUAUGUCGGUGCUUACAAGGAUGGAUCCACUUGGCGGACAAAUAAGUUCACUGACGUGGCUCCUUCUCCUAUGCCACCUGCAUUUGAAACACAGCUCUGGGAAAGACACCUUUUUCACUGUGUUCCGGUUCCAGGACAGAAUUCAUGGACAAUGGAGCCUUCCCCCUCUCCAGGUGAAAGAAACAUGUCAAGCUCUGCAUCCCAACAUGGAGUAAAACGUGGAAGGAACACAGAAGAUGAUAUGGACUUAAAUGUAUCAUAUAAUGGGGAUGAGGGUUCUUCAAACAUGAAGAAGCAGAAGGAAGAUGAGUCUACAUGUCAGUCCUCUGGUUCAUCAGAGGACUUGGUGAAACAUGGUGGUGACUUAUUGCUCAAAAAUGGUGAUUCAAGUUGUCUUUCAUGCUUAGUGAAGAUCUAUGACAUGCCAGAAAGUCAUUUAAAGUUGAAUGAUGUCUUUGAGUUUAUUGGUAUUUACACAUUUGAUCCGGAGCUUGCUGGUCAUAAGGAUAAUUCUGAUGAUCUAAUGUAUGACCUAUUUGAGGACCCAAUGGCUCAUUUACCUCCCAGUAAGGUACCACGUCUUCAUUGUUUAAUAUGUCGGAAGUUGGUUAUUCAAGAUUUUCUUCCCAAUUCACCCGUCAUUGAGCCUUUACCUAAUAUGAUCAGAAAAAUUCGAGAAUCUUUACUUUUGCAUCUUAGUGCUGUUCUUGGCAAUGAUGAAGUGGCAGCACAAUAUCUAUUAUUGCAUCUUCUUUCGAGGAUCCGAGCUCAGGUUGAUGUGAUUACAGUGGGCAAGUUGUCACUAAAUCUCACUGGUUUUACCAGAGAAAGUGCAUCAAUAUUUGGCUGCCAGCUCACUAAUGCAGUUGAGGAACUCUUGCCUUUCACACGUGCUAUUCCUCUCACAAUAGAGUACCUGAACAAUGCGACACUUCAACCUAGAAAAGACAACAAGACAGGAAGACUGGUGGCUGGAGUGCUGCAGCUGGCACAAGGUACUCACCUGACAAUAGAUGAGACUCGAAUGCAGAAUGGAACCCUCAACUCGAAUGGUGUUGAGAAUGCUAGGUUACUUAAGCAUUUGUUGGAGUGGCAAAAGGUUGAAUACGACUUUGAAUACUACAACUUGGAGAUGGCUGCUGAUGUCCAAUUACUUAUCAUCUCAGAGGGUAAAUCUAAUAUCCUUCCCGCAGAUUUGGUGUUACCUUUUUGUCCAAAAUCUGUUGAUUCAGUAAAUGCAACUGGUGAGAAACUUCAAGCUUGGAGAUGGUACUUGGCCACCAUGAGGUCUCUCCAGCACUCCAGUGAACCUGAAACGAGUCAAAUACUACAAGAUGAAAUGGUUGCAGCCAUGCAGGAAGAUCGAAGCUUGGGCUGCUCUGGCCUGACCAGAUGGUUAACAAUGGCUGAACUGAUGUCUGCAAGCUUCGGUGAGAAGUGUCUCACCUUGGAGCACUGGCAGAUGAUAAAGGAACUGGAAAGGCUUAGGAAGGAGAGGCUCUAGUGACAUGGGGGUAACCUGGUCAGUGCAUUAAACCUCUUGCAUACAACGCAAUGGUUUUCAACUGUACCAUUUUUUCUGUAUUCAAGCGUAACAUUUUGGGAGUCUUGCAAAUCCUAGACGUCUUGAUCCAAAAACAUUAAUGGAGCAGAAUUCAUUUUGCUGUUCA